AUGGGUUGGCAAUUAUCCGAUUUAACUAGUGCAGUAUAUGAUUCAAAACGUCGAGAAUUUUUAGGUAGAGAUGGAGCUAAAUGGCUAAAAUUAAGUACUUUUUAUUGCUUUUACUACAUUGGUUCGGUGGGAUUUUUUUGUACCAUGGUGGCUAUACUAAUGGGAAUAACACCGCAUGAUCGUCCACGUUAUUCAGGAGAAUCAUCAAGUAUGGAAACUCGUUCGAAUCCACUUUCACCCGGUCUUGGAUUUCGACCACAACCAACUACAAAAAAUGAUAGUAGUCUUGUUUUUGUUAAUACUAAUGAUUAUGAAUCGGAUCCUUAUAUUCAAAAUCUUGAUCAAUACCUUAGAAUUUAUUAUUGGAAUAAUAAUCAUUCUGCGGAAGUAAAUAAAUUUACAAUUGAUAAUCCAGGUAGUUGUACGCCUAAUAAUCAUUAUGGAUUUUCUAAUGGAACACCAUGUAUACUCGUUAAAAUGAAUAAAAUUGUUGAUUUUGAACCACGUCCAGGCCAUAAAUUAGAAGAUAAGGAUGCAUAUAAAGCUGCUGGAUGUCAACCAGGUCCUAACGCUAUUGCUGUUCACUGCUAUGGAGAAUAUCCAAUCGACGUUGACAAUAUUGGUGGUAAUAUAACAUAUAUAUCAGAAAAGAAUCGCGAUCAUAAAUGUGGUUCGCUUGAAACAAAAUGGUUUCCUUAUACAGGUAAGCAACAACGUCGGAAUGUAUAUCAAGCACCAUAUGUAUGGGUUCAAUUUAAUAAUCCUAAACCAAAUGUAUUAAUCAAUGUGAUUUGUCGAGUAUAUGCCGAGAAUAUUAUUUUUGAUAAAAAAAAAGGACAAGGUUCAACACGUUUUCAAAUCUAUGUCAAAGAUUUACCACGUCAUAAAUUAUCAAAACAAAAUCAAAAGAUAUAA